ACAGAACGCCAGCCGUUACCAUAGAGACGCCACUACUACUUCCGUUUCCGGUAAUGCUGAAGCGUGGUUUGGGUGUCCUCACUGUUCCGCUGUUGUUCCCGGCUCGUUUCCAGCACUGCAGGCAGAUGGCGAAGAGCAAGUUCGAGUACGUGAGAGACUUCGAGGCUCCGGACACGUGUCUGCAGAACUGCUGGGUGGUGGUGAGGCUGGACGGCAGGAACUUCCACAGAUUCUCAGAACAGCACAAUUUCACCAAACCCAAUGACCCCCGGGCUCUCCGGCUCAUGAACCACUGCGCCAAGAGCGUGAUGGAGGAGAUUAAAGACAUCUGUCUGUCAUACGGGCAAAGCGAUGAAUAUAGCUUUAUCUUCCACAAGAAAUCAAACUGGUACAAGAGGCGGGCAAGCAAGUUUAUGACGCACGUGGUUUCACAGUUUGCCUCCAGUUACGUCUUCUAUUGGAAAGAAUUCUUUCCGGAACAGCCGAUCCUAUAUCCUCCAGGAUUCGAUGGAAGAGUUGUGCUGUAUCCCAGUGUGCAAAACCUGAAGGAUUACCUGAGCUGGAGACAAGCCGACUGUCACAUCAAUAACUUGUACAACACAGUGUUCUGGUCUCUGGUGCAGACAGGAGGGCUGACGCCAGCACAGGCUCAGGACCGGCUAAAGGGCACACUUGCUGGAGAGAAGAAUGAAAUCUUGUUUUCAGAGUUCAACAUAAACUACAACAAUGAGCCUGAAAUGUACAGAAAAGGUUCCAUCAUAAUAUGGAAAAAGGUCAAUGAAAUCAGCAAGAAGGUUAUAAGGUUACCACAUGAGUUGGAGGAGAAAGAAGUGGAGGUGUGUCGGGUGCGCAACCAGCCUGUUAUCCUGCACUGUGAUGUCAUCAGUGACGCAUUUUGGGAGGAUCAUCCGGAUAUUCUUUCUAGUGAAAGUUGAUGCUCUUAUUCUGUCUGAUCCUGAAACUCUGUUCUAUGCAAGGAGCAUGGACCAAUGAUCUGCUUUUAGAUGACAUUUUAAUUCUAUAAACUAUUUAAUAAAAAAGAUUUUUAUACCUAAAUCG